AUGGCAGAUGGCCCAGAGAAGGGGAAGGUGCCAUGGGACACUCCAUCUGUCACGGCCACCUCCUGCCAGUCGCUCCUGGCUUCCUCCACAGGAACAAAGCUGGCAAUUUUCGAGAAGGGGGGGGCCAACUUGAUAGGGAGAUCACAAAACAGCAGCCAAAGGGAAAGGGCCGCCAAGCCUCUAGCCCUCCCUGACAUGCAGAAGGUUUCACGGCCAGCCCAGGACCGCAACCCAGUCCUGCAGCCCCCUUCCCAGACCUCAAGACUUCCCCAAACCCAGCUCCUAAUGAGUAACAGCAGUCUCGGCCCCUUCGAGGACCAAGUCCUCUGUCCCAUUUGCCUGGAGGUGUUCCGCAACCCGGUCACCACCGCCUGCGGGCACAACUUCUGCAUGACCUGCCUCCAAGGCUUCUGGGACCACCAGGCCACCGAGGGCGAGACACUCUACUGCCCCCAGUGCCGGGAGAGCUUCCCCUCCAGACCGCGCCUCUGCAAGAACGUCGUCCUGGAGGAGAUGGUGACCUGCUUCACCCAGGCCAAGGGCCACACCUUGGGAUCCUCUCGGGUCCUGGCGGGGCCCCAGGACGUGCCCUGCGACUUCUGUGCUCCACAGAAGCUCAAGUCGGUCAAGUCCUGUCUGCAGUGCGUGGCCUCCCUGUGCGAGAAGCACCUGCGCAGCCACUUCGAAGACCAGGCGUUCCAGGACCACUCGCUGCUGGAGCCCGUGUGGGACCUCAAGAGCCGCCUGUGCCGCAAGCACCGCCAGCUACGGCAGCUGUACUGCCGCACGGAAGGCUGCUGUGUGUGCGGGGCCUGCCUGCUGGAGGAGCACAAAAACCACGACACCAUCCCCCUGGAGGAGGAGCGCGCCCACAAGGAGGUGGAGGUUCGGAAAGUCCAGGCCAAUGUGGAAAAUCAGAUGCUGAUCAUCAACUCUGACAGCCAGAAGCACAGGGGGCAGGUGGCCUUUCUCUCGAAACUGAUCCAGACAACUCGUGAGGAGGUGAACACAUGCUUCUCAGAGAUCAUCCAGGACGUCAAAAAACUGCAGAUGAAGAUCUUGGAUUUUGUGGAGAAAGAGGAGGCAGCGGCUCUGGGGAAGCUGGGCAGCUCUAUCCAGCAGAGCCACAACAGGCUCCUGAAGCUGGAGGGGGACAGCAUCUGGCUCCGCACCCUGCUCGCCAACAGGAGCGACCAGCAGUUUCUGCAGGAGUUCCCUAGGCUGAAGCACUUCCCUGCCUGCGUGGAACCCCUGAUGGGAACCAACUGUGAGGAGAAGCAGACCUUCCUCCAGUUGCCAGAGACCCUGGAGGAGCUCCGGACUCGGCUGAUGGACCUGGGCCUCAGCUUCAUCAAUCAGCUCCUCCUGAAGGGCAUUAAGAUGAACUCCUACGAGGUGCUGCCCCCAGCUGUGGACAGGAAAACACUUCUCAAGUGUUACUGCAACCUGAACUUUGACCCCACGACGGCCAGCGAGGAGCUGUUUCUGUUCAAGGAGACCCACUCGGUGCUGAACCUGGGCAUCCUCCUGGAGCCCUUCGCCACGGGCGGCCCCUUUCCCGGCUUCAAGCAGUGGCCGCAGGUGCUGUGCUCGCGCGGCCUGUCCGAGGGCCGCCACUACUGGGAGGCCGACGUGUCCAACUCGUGGGUGUGCCUGGGCCUCACCUACCGCCGCAGCCCCCCGCUCGGCAGCCGCCCGCGCCGCAACAUCGUCUACCUGCUGGGCCGCAACCCCUACUCGUGGUGCCUGGAGUGGGACUCGCUCAAGUUCUCCGUGUGGCACAACAACACGCAGACGGUGCUGCACGGCGGCUACCACCGCACGCUCGGCGUGGCGCUCGACUGCGGCGCCGGCUGCCUCUCCUUCUACUGCGUGGCGGGCGGCGUGAGCCUGCUCUACCGCUUCCUCGUCUCCUUCCUGGAGCCGCUCUACCCCGCGGUCAUGGUCAGCAGCGGCGCCUCGGUGACGCUCAAGCAGCACCCAGAGGCGGAGGCGUAGGCGGCGGUCAAUAAAGCUGGACUGGA